UGCACUAACUACGAGUAGUACGAGUAGGCAAAGUACGUUCUACAGCAUACAUUCAGUACGUUCUCUACUUGCCAUUUGCCAUUAGUGCAUCAUCAUGAUGCCUUGUAUCCGCAUCUUCCAGGGCCCUGGUCUACCCUUUUUUUCCCUUGGUUCGCAUGGUUUGCCUGGCCCGCGUGGCGUGGCGUGGUGUGCCUGCACUAAUCAAAGCUCACCCGUCUAAGCUCGACCGUCAAUCCCUGGUGGUUGGGGGAGCUUCGUGCAUGAUGCAGCUAUCCAGAUUAUUUUAUAAAAGACUCCCCGUACGCUUUGCAAAUUCCUACCGCGUCGUGAGAUCUUUCAUCCUCCUGAAGUCCCCAAAAGCCCACAGAGGUCCAAAAUCAAAAUGAGGUGCUCCAUACAGUCAAUUGGUCUCGCAGCUGCUCUGCUUGCGAGCGCUGUAUCUGCUCAGACCUUCCAACGCCUGGGAACGUGUCCUACACUGGGAUGCGUCUUUCCCCCCGAUCAGGCCGACUUCUUGGCUGGGCAGUACUUCGACAUCCGUCUGGAGGUUCACGCCCCCAAGAACGGUUCGGAGGCCAUUGGCCUGCCUCCGGAUGAGAAGUUUACCUUCACCAUUGCUCGUGGAAAUGAGACUGCAAAGCCAGUGACUGAGUUCUUCAAACUCGAAGAGCCAAAGCUGGAGAAGUGGAACUUCACUUGGUACGAGGAUCUCUUCGCCAAGGAUGCAAAGCAGCCUUCCGUUGUCGAUGUGACGUCGAAGGCAUACCGACGGGUUGCUCUCUACGAGCCUGGUGAGUACACGGCAACCCUCAGCUACAACAAUGGCAGCACCACCACGGCCACCUGGCUGGUGCGUGACCUGGUUGAGGAGCGCAAGGCGAAGAAUAUAAUCUUCUUCAUCGGCGACGGCAUGACCACCAACAUGAUCACAGCGGCACGCUUGAUCGGACACAAGACCAUCAAUGGAAAGUACCAGAGUCUCAUGCAGCUGGACAAAUUCCCCGUCCUUGGUCACCAGAUGACGCACUCCAUCGACAGCUUCAUCACCGAUUCGGCGAACUCGGCCUCUGCCCUGUACACUGGACACAAGAGCUCGGUCAAUGCUCUCGGAGUCUACGCAGAUUCCAGCAAGAACCCCUUCGAUGACCCUAAGGUUGAGACCAUCGCUGAGAUCUUCCACCGCCUCACUGGUGGCCUCGUCGGUAUUGUCUCCACUGCCUUCAUCGCAGAUGCCACGCCCGCUGCUUUGACCGCCCACACGCGUGACCGCAACCAGUACGGCCACGUCGUUGAUACCUUCUUGAACGGAAUUACCAACUACACUUGGACUAAGUGGGACGGACCCGACGUUCUCUUCGGAGGAGGUGCCGAGCAGUUCUAUAACUCUACCUUGGGCGGCAAAACCUACCAAGACAAGGACUACUACGAGGAGUUUGCCAAGAAGGGUUACAAGAUUGUCCUCAACAACACCCAGCUUCAGGCUGCCAGCUCCAACGAGAAGACCCUUGGUAUCUUCUCCACGUCCGUCAUGUCCAAGUGGCUUGAUCGCAACGUCUACAAGGUCAACCUUAACCAGACCCUUUCCCCCACCGGCGACAAGACCGCUGCACUCGACCAGCCCGGUCUCAAGGAGAUGACCCUCAAGGCCAUCGACAUUCUGCACAACCGUGCCGGUGACAAGGGAUUCUUCCUCAUGUCAGAGGCUGCCUCCAUCGACAAGAUGAUGCACGUUCUAGACUACGACCGUGCUCUUGGUGAGUUGCUGGAGCUGGACGACACGGUGAAGGCGACCGUCAAGAAGAUCCAGGAUCUAGGCUGCGAGAAGGAGACCCUUAUUCUCGUCUCAUCCGAUCAUGGCCACGGCUUUGACGUGAUGGGAUCUGUUGAUACGAAAUACUUCGCCGCACAGAAAGAGGACCGCAAGAAACGUAACGCCGUGGGUGUAUACCAGAAUUCUGGUCUCUCACAGUACACCAACACCGGAAACCUGACCUACACCGACUCCAACUUCCCCUCCAACUGGAGCCCCCGCUACACUCUGUUCCAGGGUCUCAUGGCUGAUCCUGAUCGCCGUGAGACCUGGAGCGUCCACAAGGACGGCCCAAGGAAGCCUGCGGCCGAGCUUGUGAAGGACUCUGGUGACGUCUAUGUCAAUCCCAAGGAUGGCCAGGGUGGUCUUUUGCUCAACGGCACGCUUCCCCUCUCUGAUGAACAGGGAGUCCACUCUCUGACAGAUGUUGCCGUCUUUGCCCAGGGUCCCUGCCAGGAGACAUUUGGUGGUGUGUACAACAGCAUCGACAUCUUCUUCAAGAUGGCAGAGUGCUUCGGUCUUGCAAGAGGUAAAGCAUAGACCAAUUAAAUGUUCUCGGGCGGGCUGCGUGCCUUGUGAUGGCAACGAAAUGAUGAACCUGGAGUUAGAAUAGAACGCAUAAUUGUAUAUACAUGUAAUGUGACGAAGCAGCAAUUUUUAAUGUUAUUAUAUAUCUACCGC